UGGACAUUAAGACUACAGCAUAAAGUCACCUUGAUCUUGGAAUGAAUUUCUGGCUGCCUCACAUGAACUGAUUCAAUGCUGAGCACCAGAGCAUUCAGUUCCCGUGGCUGGCAAUGAACCUUUUCCCUGACUCCAUGAAGUACACAAAAUGUUCACACCAUGACUUUACAGCUGCAUGGAUUAAUGGACGUAAGCAGUUAUAAGAUAUGCCAUUAUAAUAUUCAGUACACAGAAUAUUAUUAUAUGGGCUGGUUCAAAAUACCUCUUAUUAAUAAGGAUAAACAGAUUAGUAAAAUUUCACAUCUGGAUUAUUAAAGUCUUAAAGACUCCCCCAUAUGGAAGGCAGGAUAAUUUCACGUAAUGGAGGCGAAGGCGGCUGCAAGUGCAGAUUGUAGUUUAAUAUAGAAACAAACAACAUAACUAAUGAACUUAGAAACAUAAAACAUAAACUAGGAUAUCAAGACAGGAACAAAACACGAGCAGCAAACAGCAACAAAAGACAGAAGCUAGACAAUGAGUGCAGCGCAAGACAAGACUUAAAUAGUAGUGCUCAUUAGACUCGAAACGUGAAACAGGUGCAAGCAGUCAUGUGAUAUGGUAGUGAUGUGCAGUGGUGGAUGGGAAACGUAGUUCAGUGUCAAUUCCUGCAUAACCCUGACAACUAAAUACAGCUGCUUUCUAAGGUUCCUUAUUUUCACCAAAUUUAACAGCAGUAUUGCUUGUGUGAUUCUCAGAUGAGGCAGUUCCUAAUUCCUGUUCACUAUACAAGUCAUACGAAAGGCUAACAGCUGAUCAGCAAAGACUGGUGCUGGACAUGGCCGGAGAGAGCGGGAGUGUCUGUGAGAAUCAUAAGGAUCCUCAGAAAUCCUACCUGCUCUCCAUUAACCUGAAAGAGGGCCGAGGCCUCGUCAUCAGAGACCGCUGUGGUACAAGUGACCCGUACGUGAAAUUCAAGCUCGAGGGAAAGACAUUGUACAAAAGCAAAGUGAUGUAUAAAAAUCUCAAUCCAACCUGGAAUGAGUUUUUCUCCUUCCCCAUCCGUGACCUACAAAAGAAACUGCACAUCAAGGUCUAUGAUCGAGAUCUGACCACAGAUGACUUCAUGGGCUCCAGCAGCGUGCUCCUGUGUGAACUGGAACUUGAGAAGACGAUAGAAAUGGUGCUACCUCUCGCUGACCCCAACAGUCUGGAAGAUGACAUGGGUGUGAUUAUCAUUGAUAUUAAUCUGUCAGUCAGAGACGGAGAAAACAAACGCAAUAAGUGGGUUCAGAAGAGGAAACGAAGUCUGAAGUCGAGCUCGUCCCCGCAGACCCGACGUCUCGCUGAAUCUCUGAAGAAGAGCCAGCUGUGGUCUGGAGUCCUGAGCAUCACGCUGGUGGAGGGACGCAAUCUACCUGACGAUGGACCUGGAGACGUGUUUGUUCGUUUCAAACUCGGAGAGCAGAAAUACAAGAGCAAGAGUCAGUGUAAAAAGGCCAACCCUCAGUGGAGAGAGAGGUUCGACUUCAACCAGUUCAUUGAUGGGCCAAACUUUUUGGAGAUAAGCGUCUGGGCCAAAGAGGGCCGGAGAUACGAGGAAUGUUAUGGACAGUGUGAAGUUGACGUGUCUGGGUUGAAAGUGAACAAAUGCCAGUUGUUCACGUGUAGCUUGGACCAGAGUCGAGGCAAAGUGGUUUUCCUCGUCACUCUGACAAGGUGCAGCGGCGUGUCCAUUACUGACCUGUGUACACCCCUACUGGACGAGCCACAUGAGAGAGAAAACAUGAUAAACAAAUAUAGCUUCAGGAACUCCUUGAAGAAUUUAAAGGACAUCGGCUUCCUUCAGGUCAAAGUGCUCAAGGCUUCAGACCUCAUGGCUGCAGAUUUAAAUGGGAAGAGUGAUCCGUUCUGUGUGUUGGAGUUGGGAAAUGACAGACUGCAGACUCAUACAGUCUACAAAACUCUUCACCCUGAAUGGAAUAAAGUCUUUACAUUUCCAGUCAAAGACAUCCAUGAUGUUUUGGAAGUUACAGUGUUUGACGAGGAUGGAGACAAGGCCCCGGAUUUCCUGGGGAAAGUGGCCAUUCCUUUACUCUCAAUACGUAACAAUCAGCUGAUUUCUUGCCCGUUGAAGAAGGAGGACUUAGGAGGAUUAUCCAAAGGAGCCAUUUUGUUAGAGCUUGAGGUCAUCUUUAAUCCAAUCAAAGCAAGCGUCAGGACCUUCAACCCAAAGGAGAGGAAGUUCCUUGAAGACAAUCCUAAGUUUUCCAAAAAGGUCCUGGCAAGAAAUGUUCUCCGUGUGAGGAACAUCUAUAGAAUGUUGAGCCAAAUCUUGCACUAUAUCAAGAGCUGUUUCCAGUGGGAGAGUGUCCAGCGGAGUAUCUUUGCAUUUGUGAUCUUUAUGCUCACUGUGUGGUACUGGGAGUUCUACAUGCUGCCUCUGUUCCUGGUCAUACUGCUCAUAUGGAACUAUGCUCAGGUCGCUUCUGAGUGGGGCAGCCAGGAAAUGGACAGUACAGACAGUGAUGAUGAGGAUGAAGACGAGAGGGAAUCUGAGAGAAGAGGUUUGAUAGACAAGAUCCACAUGGUCCAGGAUAUCGUUGUCACUGUCCAGAACUUGUUGGAGGAAAUUGCAUGCUUUGUUGAGAGAAUAAAAAACACCUUUAACUGGUCAGUGCCAUUCUUAUCGAAUCUGGCCUUCAUGGUUCUCAUCACUGUCACAGUGAUCACGUACUUCAUCCCACUGCGCUACAUUAUUCUGAUUUGGGGUGUAAAUAAAUUCACGAAGAAACUACGGAAUCCAUAUGCUAUUGAUAACAAUGAAGUGAUGGAUUUCCUCUCCAGGGUGCCUUCAGAUGUCCAAAAGGAACAGUAUUUGGAGCCAAAACCUGUCCACAGUCACAGUUCUUACAGAAGAAAGAGAGCUGUCCAGUAGAUCCAGAUCUGUGCUCAUCUUCAGAGACUCAGUUAGUAUCAGUGACACUACAUAUCCACUCAAUUCUCCCUACUUAUUUAAUUUUAGAAUUUUAUAAAUCCCAGAGUGUUUUAUUUUAAAACAGUUUCAAUUAUUUGUUUCUUUUAAAAUCACUUAAUUAUUUUAAAUUGUUUAUUAUUGUACGUGCUGUGCAACGUUUUAAGUGAAUUAAAAUCAAACUUACCCCUACUGGGGCGGUUACUAGUGGGCUAGUACCAAAGAAACUAAUGCUACGAAGGAUUUUUAAUAAUCUUAGCGGACUUGGCUUGUGGUUUUUUUUUUAUUUAUAUCACAGUGUAUUGUAUAUGCAGUGGAUACUCCACAGGAAACACUGAUCUAAGUUUGCUUAAUGGGGAGGGGAGAACCACACAGAAUACUGCUCUCAGAUGCUAUGGGCUACGUCCUAAACUGCGUAGUCUUUAGCAUAUACUGAUGUAGCCACAGUUUCAUUGUACAUUGAUAUUUAAAUACUCAAACUCCAAGUUCCUAAUUCCUGAGUUAUAAGAGAGUGCAAUAUACUGUAAUACCUGGUGUCUGUUGGGCCAGGAUGCUUUUUGUGGUGUAGCAGUACAUGUGUAUAAAGUUUGUGGAUUUCACAGUAAGCCUUAGUGGUGGUGUUUUAAACUAUUCAUCAAUUAUAGCUUAAUGUUACUUAUAAGAGAUUUACACUUCAAAUGUUGAUAUAUUUUUGUACUUUUAAGCCUUUUAUAAUGAUCAUAUGUGUCAUUGUGAUUGUAAAAAAUAUUUCAGAUCCAUACGGAACUUUAAGAAGCAGAAGUGCCUUCUGUGUAUUCUGUACAAUUGUAAAUAAAUCUGAUUUUAAGAUUUGCACUUUCCAAACAUACAUCUAUAUGUCUUACAGAGUUGUGGUGGAAAUUAUUGGUGACAUUGACAGUUGUAUUCCUUGUUUACCAUUGACCGUACUUUUCAAUUAUUUUCCUUAUGUGUAACAAAAUCUGAAACACAUUUCAGACUCACUUUGGUUUCUUAUCUGGGUAUAUACGGGAUUAAUGUACGCACAGCAUCUUGAUCUUUUGCACAAAGAAAGUUCACUAAAUUUGACUCACUGUUCACUGUAUACAGAAUACAAUAAACUCAAAGUCAAGCUGCAAAAAUUCCUUGUGGACCUUGUAUUUGUUUUUAGAUUAAUGUUAAUGUUAAACCAUAUAAAGAG